AUGAACACAAGAAACAAGAAGAAACGAAGCGCGGUUGCAAAGGUAAUCAAGCGAGCAGAACAAAGCAGCCAAAGAACAAAGGAACCAGUCGGGCUGAAUGCGCAACCUCUUGAUGAAGAAGAAGAAGAGGACAUCGAAGAACUCAACCGGCGCAAGAGGAGGACAAUUGAAAGUUCAACCGCAAUUACAAGCUCCAGACCAAUUAUUGCUCCACCGCCUCCUCCACCAAAACUAACAAAGAGUAUCAAACUAUCGCUUCAAGCCAAAGUGAAACUCGGUUUUCUUGAUGGAAGCUGUGUAAAACCAACAGACGAUGAUGGAGCAACUCAAUGGAUGUUCGUAGACGCCAUGGUUCGUUCCUGGAUCUUAAACACUAUCUCAAAAGAAAUUCGAGCGAAUUUCGAAGGAACGAGUACAACACAAGAUCAAUGGCAAGAAGUCAAAUCUCACUAUGAAGGAAACAACGGACCAACACUCUAUGGACUAGCAAGAGACAUUUCUACUAUUAAUCAAGGUAACCUAACUACUGAAGAAUACUAUUCAAAAAUUAGGUUAUACUGGGAAGAAAUAGCUGGUAUUAAUCCGCUUCCGAAAUGUGAAUGUGAUGGCUCAAACAUAGCAAAUUGCCUUGGCUGCAGGGAAAUUAAGAAAUUUUAUCUCAUAAAUGAGAAUGCUAAACUGUUACAGUUCCUAUUAGGUCUAAAUGAAUCUUACGAAAAUGUUAAAGAUCAGAUCCUAAAUUCUGAUCCAUUUCCACCAGUUCAUAAGGCCUUUGCAAUAGUUCUAAACAUUGAAAAGAAGAGGGAACUUAACAUUCUCUAUCAUAACUCUCAGGCUGCAAUGAAUGUCAUUGAGACAAAUGAAUCAAGUGAGAAAGUAUGCAGUAUGAUUAAUUCAAAACAAGCAGCAAUGGCCAAGAACAAACUCCUCUACAAACACUGCAAUAUGAAAGGUCACUUGAAAGAAGGUUGUUUCAAACUUGUUGGAUAUCCAGAUUGGUGGAUCAAGCCAAAAGACAAAAGGAGAAAUACACAACAAACACAUGUUCAUGCCCAAUCAGUAGUUCAUGCACCUAUGGAUAAGGAAGAAAAUAGCCCUUCGAUGGAAGACUUCAAACUGUUCAAAUCAUACAGGAAAACAAUGAAGCACAACUCUGGACAUUCUGCAAGUAUUCCACAUAACCUUGAUACUAAAGUAUUAAAUUACAACAUGAGUUUAAAUGAUUUUGAAAAUAAUAAGGAGACAUUAGUGUGGAUUAUAGAUUAUGGAGCUAGUAAUCAUAUAUGUCAUGAUAAGACUAGAAUGACAAAUCUAGAAAUAAUAAAGGAACCAGUUAAAUUGUUCCUACCAGAUGGUUCAAUUAAAACCAUAAAUCAUAUAGGAAUGGUACAGAUAAGACCUAACUUAAUCAUAAAACAGGAUACUAAAGAAGGAGUAACCAUUGCAAUUGGAAAAGAAAUCAACAACUUAUUUCUUUUAUAUUGCAAUCUAAUUGAAACUAGUCUUUUGUUAAAUAAAGGCAUGUUGGCCAAACCAUAUGAUUCUGCAAACAAUUCUAGUUUUCAAGUUUCUAAUUCUAGUAUUGUCUGUAAUAACGAUGGUGGUAUAAGACGAUUUGAAACUUCAAUUUUAGGUGAAACCUUACCUAAAAAUGUUGAUUUAUUACAUGCUAGAAUAGGUCACCCAUCUGAAAUUGUGAUGAAGUUUUGA